GUUGGAAACUUUUUUUGAGGGCGUGCCGGGAGGGGGGGGGAUGAAAAAAAAAUAAAAAAAAUUAAUGGCUACGGCUAACGGAGGAGGAGGAGGAGGAGGAGGGAGAAGAAGAAGACGAAGGCAAGGGAGUUGAAGGCUUGAAGCAGCAACGAAAAAAAAGAAGAAAAAAUUUAACGGCUAUGGCUGAUGGAGGAGGAGAUGAAGAAGAGGAGGAGGAUGAGGGAGAAGAAGAAGAAGAUGACGAAGAAGAGGGAGGAGAAGAACAAGAGGAGGAGGAGGAGGAAGAAGAAGAAAAUGGCGAAUAAGCGGGGAGAGAAGAAGAGGAGGAGGAGGAGGAGGGAGAAGAAGAUGAAGAACGCAAGGGAGUUGAAGGCUUGAAGCAGCAACGAAAAAAAAAAAGAAUUAACGGCUAUGGCUAACGGAGGAGGAGGAGGAGGAGGAGAAGAGGAGGAGGAGAAGGAGGGAGAAGAAGAAGAAGAUGAUGAAGAAGAGGGAGGAGAAGAACAAGAGGAGGAGGGGGAGGAGGAAGAAGAAAAUGACGAAGAAGAGGGGAGAGAAGAGGAGGAGUAGGAGGAGGAGGGAGAAGAAGAAAAAGAAGAACACAAUGGAGUUGAAAGCUUGAAGCAGCAACGAAAAAAAUAAAAUAAAAUUAACUGCUAUGGCUAACGGAGGAGGAGGAGGAGGAGAAGAGGAGGAGGAGGAGGAGGGAGAAGAAGAAGAAGAUGACGAAGAAGACAGAGGAGAAGAAGACGAGGAGGAGGAGGAGGAAGAAGAAGAAGAAGAAGAAGAAGAAGAUGAUGAAGAAGAGGGACGAGAAGAAGAAGAGGAGCGGGAGGAGGACGAGGAGGAGGAGGAGGAGGAAAAAGAAGAAGAAGAAGAAGAAGAGCGCAAGCCGAUGGCUGAGAGAGGAGGACUAGAAGAGGAGGACGAGGAGGUAGAAGAAGAAGAAGAAGAAGAAGAAGAAGAAGAAGAAGAAGAAACGGAGGACGGCUAUGGCUAACAGGCGAGGAGAGUGACCACGGAGAAGAAGAAGAAGAAGAAACAAACCUUGGGGAGUGAU